AGCUCUUUUGCCUCCAAUCUCUAGUAAAUGAUAUUUAACCCACUUCAAUACCGUUCGUUUUCUAAAAUGGAAGUGAGGUUUUGAGAAUUAGAAAAUUUGCUAACAUUCAGUGGUUUUAAUAUUUUAAUUAUACUCCUUGGCACUUCAAUCACGUUUUUAGUGUUUUAAUUAAAUUCAAUCUCAUUUGCUUCAUAACCUGUAAGGUAAAUUCUUUUGGUAUUUGGUUGAUGUUUUGUAACUUCACUUUACCUGAGAUCUUCUAAAUCGUUAAAAAUGCCGUUGCUCUACAAGAAACCUUUCAGGCGUACAGAAUUGCCUGAAGAUUUAGAUGAUAACGAGGAGGUUUUUUUACUGUGAGUUAACAAAUGAAAUCUUCAGAGACUAUGAGGAGUUCUGUGAGAGAAUUAUCCUGUGCAAUUCUCUGGUGUGGGCUUGUUCACUGAGUGGUCGAGCCUACUUAACGUACCAGGAGGCUUUAGCGUCAGAAGAGAGUGCUAAGGCUAUGCUCAACGAUUUUCCAAUGGAGUUGCGUAUCCCAGUGUUGUACCUAACCACCCUCACUCAGCGAAAGUCCUUGAACGAAUUGGCGGAAGAUGUUUAUUGUUUUGCCAAGGAUAGAUAUUUCAUUGGUGAAAGUGUUGAGGUUGAAAUACCAGGAGGAUCAUUAACAACUUGUCAGAUCUUACGUGUUAUUCAACCAUCUGAAGAAGACAGGGAUUCCUUCAAAAAGCAAAAUGUUAAGAAUGGGGAGAGGCAGUACUGGCCACCUGGCAGUCUUUACCGCUAUGAAGUACAACCUGUUGCCAAUGAGAAAUCUAAACCUUUGAUAGUGUCAGCAGAGCUUAUACACAGGAAGAAAAGUUAUUAUUCCCGGGCAAAAAAUCGUUUAUACAUUAAACAAUUUACAGAGCAAGUUGGUGGAUUUUGGAAGUUAAAGGUGAGUCAUAGUUAAAGUAAUUUUAAUUUUAUCCUUCUCUUCAAAUGUA